AUGGGAGAUAAAAAGAAAGAUGAGGUAGAAGAAGAAAAGAAGAAAGAAGAUGAAGACAAGAAUGAAUCUACUUCAAAUCAUUAUGAAGUUAAUGAGGAAGCAAACAAGAAGAAGGAAGUUGAAAAAGAAGAAGAGGAAAAGUAUGUGCCUCCACCACCAUACAAGCCACCAUUGCCAUAUCCUCAGAGGUUUCAGAAAGCAAAGCUAGAUAAGCAGUUCGGGAAAUUUUUAGAAGUUUUGAAGAAAUUAUGCAUUAAUAUUCCAUUUACAGAUACAAUUUCUCAAAUGCCCUCAUAUGCAAAGUUCCUAAAAGAAAUUUUGUCAAACAAGAGGAGACUAGAAGAUUAUGAAACUAUGGCAUUAACAGAGGAGUGCAGUGCUCUCUUGCAGAAUAAGCUCCCAUCGAAAUUGAAGGAUCCAGGAAGUUUCUCUAUUCCUUGUCAUAUUGGGGAUACUAGUAUUGAUAAAGCAUUGUGUGAUCUUGGAGUUAGUGUAAGUUUAAUGCCACUCUCUAUUUGUGAAAAGUUAAAGGUUGGAGAAUUGAAGCCAACAACCGUUUCUUUGCAACUAGCUGAUAGAUCUAUCAAAUAUCCAGUAAGAAUUUUGGAGAAUGUACCCUUGAAAGUUGGGAAAUUUUUUAUUCUUGUGGAUUUUGUGGUUCUUGAAAUGGAAGAGGAUAUUCAUAUACCUAUCAUUUUAUGA